AAUUUGUGAGAUUAUGUUGAUUUUUAGUUUUUAAUUUCAAUCAAAAUCAUUAACAACAUUUUCUAGCGUUGGAAUAGGAAUUCGUGGGCGUAAUAAUUUCAACCUUCACUUUCUACCACCGAGCGAUCCUGGUCAGAUGGUAUCGUCUGCACACACACGGUGAGCGCGUGCGGAUGUGAAUGUUGCGCAGUCGUUCGCUAGUCUGGCGCGUAGUAGCCCACCGCUGAGUGAGUCGACGGUUGUGUCCGGUUCGAUCGGAUUUUUCCCGCAAUAUUUUUUAAUUUUGAGGAACUUUUUACGACCCGAACGUGUUCCAUAGCGUUCGCCCGGUCGUAAUCAAAUAAAACGACGACGACCAGGUUGCCGCCAUAACGAUUUUCGUGUAUCCAGCACCAUUGCAGCACAUCAAAAUACUUUACAAUGUCGGACUCGACGAACACGAAAACCGAUGAUGCCGCGGCGAAGAAGUUCAAGACCAUUAUGGAAGAAGGGUGCAACGUGCCGGUUGACACAGUAAGGCCAAAAAACGUUCCGGAAUGGUUCGACGCGGAAUUGUUCACCAGAGGACAAAAGUAUUUUUAUUCCAAUUUCUAUUCAAUGUUUGCUUCAAAUUUGAUUGGAUUGAUAUUGGUAUUAACAGUUCCAACAAUAUUGGAUGUAUUAGUGUUCACAAAUAAAUCUUCUGAUCCUUAUACCGCUUUCAGGAGGUAUCUUGAUACCAUUAGACACAUGCUGAGGUGGUAUAGAUACGAUGUUACAAAUUCCAAAUCAAAAUCUCAAAUGUCUGUGGCUAUCGUACACGGACUUCACUGUGCUGCAAAUCGAGUAUCGAAUAAGUCUGGACUCGGACUGCGAGUUACUCAAAAAGAUAUGUCAUUGACUCAAUUCGGAUUCAUGGGUUUACCUUUAUUGAAAAAAAAAGAAUUGGCUAUUGUAGGCACCGAAGAAGACGAAAGGGCCCUUUUGCAUUUUUGGCGUGUUAUUGGAUUCAUGUUGGGAAUUCAAGACAAGUACAACCUGUGCAGUGGGUCGCUGGAGGAGGUGCGCGGCACGUGUCACUUAAUCCUGCGGGACGUGUACGCGCCGGGGCUGCUGAACCCGCCGCCGAGGUUCGAGUUCAUGGUGGACGCGCUGCUGGAGGGCAUGAAGCCCAUCUCGCCCAUGCUGGACACGGAAGCGUUCAUGGCGUACACGCACGAGCUGUGCGGCGUGCCCGUCCGCCGGCCGCUGGUCGCCCGGUACAGCCGGUGGAUGUACAACGUGCAGGUGUACACGCACGCCGUGCUGCUGACCCGCGCGUGGCUGGCCGUCGUGUUCCGGCCGCUGCUCAACUACAACAUGAGGUUCUCCGUGUGGCUGAACAUCAAGUUCCCGAUCGGCGCGGCGCUCCGGUUCGGCACCAAAGUCUUCCACCGGGUCCGGGACGAAGCGGCGCCGCACCCGGUGGCCGCCGCCGAGUACCAGGCGCCGCCCGUCGCCAACGGCCGCGUCAUGAUGCAGUCGGCGGCUUGAGCCAUACAAUGAUACGCCGCUCUACACCCAGUCGUCCGCGACCGCCGUCACGUCACAACACUAUACGCCGACAACAAGUCAAGACAACGAUGAUUUCGUUUCGUUUUUUUUUUUUAAUUUUGUUUUUUUUUUUUAUUUUUGAAAACCGUUCGAUUUUUGCACCACCCCCCCCCCCCCCGUCCCCCCGAGCGCCCCUGAAAUGUGCAUCCCCCGAGAAAUCGUACUGCCCACCACGCAGGCUAUCGGAUUCGCGUUCUUGCCGUCAAUUAUUCGAAUCGGUAAUCAGACGAGAACUUAUGAAACGGUAUUUAUUCGUUUUAAUCGCUCGUCGAGAUAAUAAAACUAUAUUAUCUCGAGUAUAAGUCUUCAAGUCCGAACUCGCAGACAGUGGAUUCCCGGCAACGCGAGGAAAAGUGAUGCAACUAAUGCAUUUGCGACUAGCGGUGCCCCGUGACAAUGCCGGGUACAUCAUAAAAUUAAAGAUUGACAGAUUUCAGUGUGCCUCUCACUCACUCGAGUGUUCGUCCUUGGUAAAACUCUAUUGGCACGCGCUUACGGUCUGCAGUUUGUACUUUUACCGUUUCUGUACAUGUUUUCAAUCGCGAAAUCCCAUGACCGCUUCUCGUUCACAUCCUUACAGUCAAUUCGAAACAGAACGGAUUUCAUGAGGUUAUGUUUAUUCAUUUCGUUCGCUCAUACAUAGUAUUACCGUGUAAAUGUGAUAACAGCGCAAUUAUUAUAGACCUACGAUAAGAGUGGUUCGGAGGUUUACUCAAAUUUAUUAAUUAAAUUAAUCAUACAUUUUGUGAUAUUUGUUUCCCGUUUUUAUUCGUAUUUUGGAUGGCCGUCUAUUUUCGCGCAUGAUAUUAUAGGAGUCUCACUGCACACCCGUCACCCGUGUUUCAGAAUUAAAAAUGUCAGGCUGAGAAAGUUUCCAUAAACGUCUGUGGGUAAUGCAUAAAACAGGUAAACUUCUGCAAAUAAAGUAGCCCGAUACGUCAUAUUGAUGAAUAAUAAAUUGUUAAGUGGCGAUUAGUUGUACGAGUAGAUUUAUCAAUUAGUUAGAUGUUAUGAUCAAAAUCAUUAAUAAUAUAGUUAUUAUAUUAAGUAAAACUUUUUGUAGAAUACCAAUAAUAAAUUAAAUUAUGUAAAGUGACUACUUAUUUUUCUUGAAAAUUACUUUUUUAAGAACCCAAAAUGUUGGAUGUACCUAUGUAUAUUUUGUUUUGAUGUUAGCAUUUAGUUAGAAUAUAACGAGUAAAGUUUGAGUAAUGUUUAAGGUUUAUAUAAUGCUGUAAAACGAAGAAAUUUGUUUAUGGAUUGUAUUGAUUAGUAUAAUUAUAAUAUAUAUAUAAAUAUAAUUAUGUAUUAUGUAUAUUGUCGCGAUCAAAAAUCGUGUAAGUAUCUAUUUUUUUAUCAAAGACGUUUUAUAUGU